AUGUCAAAGCCUUCUACAUCUACUGAAGUUAUAUUAGCUAAAUUACAAGAAACUGUAUCUAAAUAUAAAUUUAUGGAAAUAAAUUAUAUUAAUAAAAAACAAGGAUUGGAAUUAAGAAUACUUGAAAUUAAGAAAACUCUUGAAACAAAUUCUGAUGAAUCAAUGGAAACCACAUUUGAAUUAAAUGACACUUUAUGGAUACCGGCAAAAGUUAAAUCUACAAAAUUUGUUAAUUUAUGGCUUGGUGCAAAUGUAAUGCUCGAGUAUUCAUUGCAAGAAGCAAAAGAACUUAUAAAAAGUAAAUUAUUAACAGCAGAAAAUUCUUUAAAAAAUUUAUCGGAAGAUUUAGAGUUUCUUAGAGAACAAGUUACCACAAUUGAAGUCAAUACUGCACGUAUAUAUAAUUGGGAUGUUAAAAUACGUAGAUUGGCAAAAUCUGCCAGUAAUUCGAAGAAAUAA